AUGAGACCAUAUCCACGCGAUAAUUCAAAUAACGAAAAACGAACAUGCAAUUAUAGACUUUCAAGAGCUAUUCGUAUUGUCGAAGCUACAUUUGGUGUAUUAUCACGGAAAUGGUACGUAUACCGUAAAGAAUUUGAAUGUAAAAUAGAAACAGUGGAAAAAGUGAUAAAGGCAACGUGUGUUCUACACAAAUUUUUAAUUGACAAGAUGCCUGGCUAUCUAGAUAAUAAUGAAUCGGGUUUGGCCACGACUAUGUUUAACGACACAAACGUGGACAAUCUAUUAUCAAAUGACAAUAUGGAUCCCUAUCAAGUUCGAGAAAAAUUCUGUAGCUAUUUCAACAACGAGGGCGCCGUUCCAUGGCAAGACACUCGUAUUCCAAUGUUACUUCAACGAAAUACUUAG